ACGAAUUAUCGGGACAUCUAAAUUUACAGUUCGUUCUUGGCAGUACUUCAAUCUUUUAGAGAGUAUAAUAGAGCACUAAGCUCGAAUAAUCUCUGCUGAAGCUUUUAUUGUAUCUCAAUAUAUGCUAAGGUGAAAUUCCAAUUACUGUCUCUGUUUCGGUAUCGGAGUAUUUUCCAAUGAAAAUGACAUGAUACGGUAAUCUAGCUUCGGAAUUUCUGUGUUCUGUGACAUUGACUCAUGCUAAAGCUAGAGAUGUAGCUGGAAUCACAGCAACAUCAUUUCUAAUGAAACCAUGAGAUUUCUCCUCUAGUUGUGACCGAACCCGAUUUUUAAUGAUAUGUGAUGGGGUACUAGCAGGAAGUGUUGAGGAGGCUUGGUUUGAUCCUGCUGAAUCUGAUUUCAGUGAUGAAGAUUUCCAAAGCGUUCCUGACGCGGAUGUACUAUCCCUGAAUGGUUUUGAAGGUUCAUCCACAUCCAGUGUUGCUCCAGUCAACAUCCAACGCCCCUCGUCCCCUGAGAAACUACAGAGACGAGGGAAUUCGUGCACAUGCGAUUCUGCACUCGAAUCAGAUGGACAUCUGAAUGAAGCAGAGCCUGUUUACCUUGAUGAAAUUUCCUCAUCUCCAGGUGAAAGUGCUGGUAGGGAGGAUGGUUUAUUAGAUAAUUGUGGAAUUAUUCCAAACAACUGUUUGCCCUGUCUUGCCAAUACUGUUCCAACAGUUGAGAAGAGAAGAUCUCUAAGCUCUAGUCCACCACCAAGUGCAAGGAAAAAAGCUGCCUCAAAACUUUCUUUUAAAUGGAGGGAAGGACAUCCAAAUGCUGCUUUACUUUCUUCAAAGAUGCUUCUGCAAAGACCAAUAGCUGGUUCUCAAGUACCUUUUUGCCCGGUCGAGAAGAAAAUGCUUGAUUCUUGGUCACACAUUGAGCCAAGUACUUUCAAAGUUCGGGCUGAGAAUUAUUUUAGGUAA